AUGCAAAAAUUAAAAAGAAAUGCUGAAUAUCAGUUCAAAUGUCGUUCUAAAAAAACUAAAGCUAUAGUAGAGCGACAAGAGGUAGUUAGAUAUGAUAAAAAACAUAUAAAUGAUUCAGUUGAGUAUGGAUCAGCAGAUGCACAUAGACAUAAAGAAGCUAUUAAAGUAAGGAUUGUAAGUCAUCAACGAGAAAACCUUGAAAAAAACUAUGGUAUCUAUAUGGCUAAAACAACUUUAAACAACUAUCUUCUGCCUCGUCACUCUAAUUCAGUUGCAGCAAAGGCUCACUAUCAUCUCACCUGGAUAGCUGUAGCUAGAGUUUCAUGUGAUGAAACAAAGUAUCAUCCUGAUGGUCACUAUUGUCUUGCUUCUGUAAAAGGAGCAAGGCAAUUGGCACAAACCUUUGCUGAAUUUUCUGUUAUCAUCUCACAAGAUAAUAAAGCGAAAAUAAGUUUAGUCCAAAUACCUGACUAUGACUUUGUACAUGGAAGUAAUCAAAAACUUAUUCCCUUAGUUUACCUUAUAAUUAAACUAAGUGAAGCUAAUGAUGACCUUUGGACAAGGCAAGUUGCAAUUUUUGUUAGGCCUCAAUGGUCAAUCGGCACAUUAUCUAUUACCCACAUGGAAGAUCUUACUUGUCUUGUAUUGGAUAAUCAAUAUUCUGAAGCACUAAAAAUGAAUAGUGAUAUAAAACCAAUAUGGAUAUUAUUAGUUAAUGGUGGUCCUGAUGAAAAUCCCAGGCACCUUAAAAAUAUUGAAUCAUAUUGCAAGAUUUUUAAAAAAUUUGACCUUGAUUACUUGUCUGUACGUAUGUAUACCCUAGGCCAAUCGAAAUAUAAUCCUGUUGAAAGGAGUAUAGCUAUAUUUUCUAGUAAGUUAGCUGGGGUUGUAUUGCCAAUAGAUCAUUUUGGAAAACACCUUGAUAGUCAGAGUAGAGUUAUUAAUAAUGAAUUAGCAAAUAAAAAUUUUCAUUAUGCUAGUUCUAUGCUAAUCAAUAUUAAACGUUGUACUGAUCUAAGUUGCUGUGGACCUAUCAAAGCGCAAGAGGCUAUGGAUUUUCUUCAACCCUUUAAUGGUUUUUUUCCUCUCAUUACCAAAGCUCGAGAUGGACACUAUCUUAACCCUGUUCACCUUCUUCAGUAUUCUGAGUGUUUUAAAGUUCCUAAAUAUGAUACCUAUUGUCUAUCUAUUGACCAAACAACAUAUUCUCGACUUUGCUGCUCAAUUUGUCAUAAGUAUUUUCCAACUCUAUCAUAUGUAGCAAAGCAUAAACGUUUACAACAUUCAUCUACUCAUGGAAGGUCCAAAAAAAAACCAGAAAUUUCGGAAUCAAUCGCAGAAUUCGUUCUAAUUACAAACUCUGCAACUAUGGAAGACUUGAACUUACUAUUUCUACAACAAAAUGAAAAUGAAUUUUUUAACGAAUGCAGAGAAUGUUUUUCAGAUAUAGAAUAA